AUGAGCAACAUUUGGCUAACGUAUGUAUUUUGUACGUUUUCCCAGACUGUUGCCCGCUAAACGUGUGGUGUGGGAAGGAAAAGUUUUUGACAGCUUGUUUCUCGGGAGUGACAGCCUGCCACAUCUCGUCGGGGUCUUGGUGGUGAAGCAUUUUUACCCCCCUCCCCACCCCACGACACCUCUGUGAACUGCCUGUGACCAGUAACCUCCAUCCUGUCACCUGUGUCUAGUGUCUGGGUGGUGCUGCUUUAAUAACGCAGUCUGACCGGAGCGCUUUCCCCCCCCCCGUUUUCACCUCACCGAGCACCGGGCAUCAUGAGAACCUGGAGGCGGCGGAAGAACUUUGCCUUUGUGCUCUUCGCUCUCCGCGUCUGGUGCCUGUCUACGGCCACGGGAACUGCUGACAACACGGUUUACAACACACAAGAGGGAAGUAGUCCAGACGUGGCUAAACAGCGAGGGGAAGCAUCCAAACCGGAACGCUAUGGGACCACAGUACCUCUGCUGCUGAAGGGCAAGGAGCGCAGACCUUUCUUCCAGCUCACGGCCGGGAGUUAUCCUGCGUCACUCCAGCUGCUGGUGCACGCCGAAGGUGAACAGCUGAUCCUGUUGCUGGAGAAAAACGAUGACCUCAGCAUCAGCUGUGAGUCAUCCAUCACCAGUCUGGGGCUCUGGAGCAUGCUGCCAUUCCCAUCCGGCCUGUUCUCUGUCAGGCCAGAUGUGUCCUCUGAUAUCGCUUCACCAAUUGAGCCAACUCGGAACAGGGGUCUCUUUGCAAACCAUUACACCGAGACACAUUACCGGGAGGAUGGAAGUGCAGUCACCGGUGCUCACAACUUCACGAAUAACUGCUACUACCAUGGGGAAGUGCAGACGCAUCCAAACUCUGAUGUCACCCUCAGCACCUGCUCAGGCCUUCGAGGCUUCAUCGCACUCGAAAACAAGACAUUUAUCAUUGAGCCUGUGUCUGGGCGUGACAACGGUGCCCACUUCAUCUACCGAGUGGAAGAACUCACACUGACCCCAGGAGCCUGCGGCCACGGCUUCAACGUGUCCUCGGCUGCUCCUGAGAACCACAUCAAAAGCCCCUUUCAAUCUUUCCACACAAGGCAUAAAAGGGAUGCCCAGAAGACAACCAAGUACGUUGAGCUGAUCAUUGUUGCGGACAACAGAGAGUUUCAGAAACAGGGGAGGGACGUGGAGAAGGUGAAGCAGAGACUGGCAGAGAUAGCCAAUUACGUGGACAAGUUCUACAGGGCCCUGAACAUCCGGGUGGCCCUGGUGGGUCUGGAGGUGUGGAGUGACUCUGAUAAAUGCCCCAUCACCCAGGAUCCCUUCACCACCCUGCACGAGUUCCUGGAUUGGAGGAAAGUCAAACUGCUGCCCCAGAAACCUCACGACAAUGCUCAGCUCAUAAGCGGGGUUUACUUCCAGGGCACCACCAUUGGCAUGGCUCCCAUUAUGAGCAUGUGCACAGCUGAGCAGUCUGGAGGCAUUGUCAUGGAUCACUCUGAGAACCCACUGGGUGCAGCCGUGACUUUGGCACACGAGCUUGGACACAACUUUGGGAUGAACCACGACACCCCAGAGCGCGGUUGUGGCUGCAGGAUGACCGUUGACCGUGGAGGAUGCAUCAUGACCCCCUCCACAGGGUAUCCAUUUCCAACAGUGUUUAGCACCUGCAGUAAGAAGGACCUUGCUGCCAGUCUGGAGAAAGGCGUGGGCAUGUGUUUGGACAACAUGCCCGAGGUCAAGGUGCUUUAUGGUGGCCAGAAGUGCGGCAAUGGCUACGUGGAGGAGGGAGAAGAGUGCGACUGCGGGGAACCAGAGGAAUGUAUGAACCCAUGCUGCAACGCCACCACAUGCACCCUCAAGGGAGACGCCGUGUGCGCCCACGGACAGUGCUGUGAAGACUGCAGGCUGAAACCGGCUGGCACCAUGUGUCGAGAGUCCAGUAACUCCUGUGACCUGCCAGAGUUUUGUACUGGUGCCAACCCUCACUGUCCAGCCAACGUUUAUCUGCACGAUGGGCACGCCUGCUACAGCGUUGAAGGAUACUGCUACAACGGCAUCUGCCAGACUCAUGAGCAACAGUGCAUCACCCUGUGGGGACCAGGAGCCAAGCCUGCCCCUGGGAUAUGCUUCGAGCGAGUCAACUCUGCAGGAGACCCUUACGGGAACUGUGGGAAGGAUUCCAAAGGCUCCUUUGCCAAAUGUGAAGCGAGGGAUGCGAAGUGUGGUAAAAUUCAGUGCCAAGGUGGAGCCAACCGGCCGGUGAUCGGAACGAACGCUGUUUCCAUUGAAACCAACAUCCCGCUACAAGAAGGCGGGCGCAUCCUGUGUCGAGGGACGCAUGUUUAUCUGGGCGAUGACAUGCCUGAUCCCGGGCUGGUGCUGGCUGGUACAAAGUGUGGAGACGGCAUGGUGUGCCUGAAUCGACAGUGUCAGAAUGUCAGUGUCUUUGGUGUGCAUGAGUGCUCUGGGAAGUGCAAUGGACGUGGGGUGUGCAACAACAAGAAGAACUGCCACUGUGAAGAGCACUGGGCGCCUCCGUUGUGUGAGAAAACGGGCUUCGGUGGAAGCAUCGACAGCGGGCCAAUGAGACUGGCAGCCGACAGUGUGGUCAUUACUGUGGCGAUCCUGGUCACCCUGAUCAGCCUGCUGCUCACCACCAUCAUCCUCUUCCUGAAGAGGAAGACUCUGAUGCGCCUCCUCUUCACCAAUAAGAAGAGCACCUUGGAGAAACUCAGAUCUUUGGAGGCCAACAGGCCCACCAGCCCCGUCAGGACUCAGUCCAUGUACAGGCCCACCCCACAGCGCAAGCCUCCACCCAAACCCUGUGGAGCCAACAUUUAUAAGCCAUCUCUCCUGAGUGCGGAGCCUCUUCUACCCCCGCACAACUUCCACUCGCACAGCUUGCGCAGACUGCCCCUCUACCAGCCUUUACACAUCAGCCAGCCCAUGCCGGUGUCUCUGAGCGUGGGCCAUCCCAUUCUGCCUCCUCUGCCAGCCCACCACAGGGUCCUGCCCGCCCACACGUCCCUCUCACCACCUCGAGUGCCGCCUUUCCUCAGUCUGCCACGCCAGCAGUCGUCCUACAGAGUACACCAGGAUUUUAGAAAGCCGAGUCCCCCCCAGAAGCCCCUGCCUGCAGACCCUCUAGGGAGGAGCUCUCGGCUGGGUCACAGUGGCCACAGCAGCGGGGGUCCACUUCCCCGGAAAUAGACCCCUCCCCAUACCUAUCCCCACUGUGCCGAGGCCUCCACCCAACAUCCCUUUACCCAGCAGACCUGUGCCGAUGUUGCCCUACAGACCACCAAAGACAUGAGGACUGCUGAGCUCGUGACGUCUCGGACGAGUAGAUCUGCUAACGACAGACGAAGACUUUCUUGAUUUGCACUAACGCUGAGGCUCUGUAAGACCUUUUGGACAUUUGGAAGUAUCACAGAGUUUCCAGUGAAAGGGGGCUAACAUCACAUCUCGGUGCUACGCCUUUAAAAGGUGCUUUGUUGUCCUCGCUCAGGUACCAAUGAACUAUUUAUCUAUUUAAAUAUUUAACUGCGAUAUCACCAGUUUGUGCACAGGACUGUCUGAUGGAGAGUGCUGUUUCCCUCCCCCCCCCCCCGGGAAAGGUUUAGGAAACAUAUUUUCCUUUUGCAUUCUUUGGUGAUUUUUAUACUUUUUUUUUCUCAAACUAAAUGCUGAAAUAUAAGAUGUUUUUAUAACCAGUUGCUUGAAUAUUUGAAGCGCAAACAAAGAGAGUUUUUGGACUAAAAGGGAAGAUAAAAGGGAAAUGGAGCACAACUCGGCACAUUUUCAGUGUAGCUUGUGAGCCAUAGAGCGCUGUUAUUUAUUCAGUUUUUCAUAUUUUUAUGAUGUAUUCAAUACCAAAUGCAUCUUUUCUAUCUCUGUUGCCACGGUGCUACAAAGUAGAUAUUAAUCAAAUCUUAUUUUUAAAUUAAAAACAAGUCAUUAAACCCUCACGAUACGUUUUGUGUGGUGGGAUUCAGCUCAUUUUACAGCCUCUCAGUCGGGCUCUUUCAUUACCUUAUAAGUUCACUUUCACGGCAAAGUACUAAAGAGCAGAAGUACUUCUUCACACAUAUUUCAGCCUGGCUCUGACACACCGCUCGGGGCGUGCGUUGGACGCUCUAUCCUGAUACUGGCGAGAGUCUCCGCACAUUUGACAGACGGAUUGUGUUCCAGAGUAUUACACCAACACCAAAUAAUUCAACAUUAACUCUGAUGUUUGUAUGUUUAACAUUCACGCUCACUUUGUCCUCGAGUGUGCGAGCCAAGCGGGAUGACUUCAGCGCUGUGAGCUUUCCAAGCUUUUUUCCACAUUUUGUAUGGUUUGAAUAUUCUUGAACUCUGAGAUUAUUCAUGCAUUUUACAGCCACGUCUUCAGAUUGGGAGCUUGGCGUUGCACUUUGAGUUGGCCAAUUUGCGUGAUGUUAUUUGUUGUUGACUUGCUGUUAUACGAGGAGGGAUUCAACUGGUAAAAAGCUUUACAGCACAGUUAUUUGUCAGUGUGUCCAAAUGCAGUGUUUGUCUGAAUGAGUAAUUAUUUUUUCUUGUUUUGGAAGUGUUCAGAUGUGUUCGACAAGUCAGAGUAACCCGCUCUCUCCGCUGGAAAAUAUGUGUUAUGUUAUGUGUCAUUUAGUCGUUAAAUGUUUAUGCCAUUUGUAAAUCCUAAAUGUACUGUGUUUAUUUGCAUAACUGUAACUCGUUUAAAAGCCAUUUUAAAGUGUAAAUACUGUAUGUCAGAUAUCAUUUCCUUUUUUUUAUAUAUAUAUAUG